UCCACAAAGCGAAAACUUGAAAAAACUAUCUUCGUUUCAUCUAAACGAUCAUCAAAUCACUUAUCAUCAAUAUUUUCAACAAUUGGAUAUCUGCUUCACCAAAUUUUUCUCUUUGCAUACAAUGUUUCGUAUUUUGGCGUGAUUUUGACACCAUGCAAGACACCAAAGCCAUCGUGUUUGACAAUUCCGAAAAAGUCAAGUAUGUUCAACUUGUAUGCGUACCGAUUUUAUCAAACCACUUGAAUACUUUAAUCGCCGUCGGGGAUGGAGGUACUAUCAUGGUUUACUCAAAAGCUUCCAAUGAACCCACAGAGACGGCAAUGAAGCUGAAUGAGUUUAACAUACAAGGCCCGAUUUAUUCCUUUGAUAAAGCACACAAGGACUCCACUUAUCUUGUUUGUUCACAAAAUGGUAAGAUAUCCAUGUUGGAGUUUGAAUAUAGCAAAAAUGACAGCGUAAAGCUACAAUCUACGCGUGUCAAAUAUCAUCAUGCUCCCAUAUUACGUACCAGGAUGCGUGAUGCGGUAGCAUACACGUUUGAUUCGCUAUUUGACCAAUCAAACGGAAACGUCCAGAUGAUGACGUACGAAUAUGAUCCUACACCAGUGUCAAUUGCAAAUAAUCCGGAUGCCAUCUCAGAUUUAAUCCAAAUUUCCUUGGCUGACUUAACAUCCAAAGAAUCCGAAUUAAAACGCUUGGAUUGUGCCGAGCAAGAAUUAUCUCGUCGACUUGUUUCUACGAACAGGACCUUGUAUGCUUUACAAAGUAUCCAACAAAAGCGAACACCAGGUGUCUGUCAUUCGUUGGAAACCACUGGAUUUGAAUUUACAAUGCGGGCUAUCACCAAACCAGAAUCUAUCGCCAACUGCAGCAGCAGUUUAUAUUCCACUGCGUAUCUACGCAUCAAGAUUCAAACAUCUCGGUUUCUGGAAUUGGAAAAUUGGGACCUUGAACUAGGUUUUUUCCCACGUCAUGAUGGAUAUAGCACAACCAGAACAGUCUCUGUCAUGGGAUUCGAACCAACUUACGAAAAUGGCAUAGAGCGUGCUUCCAUGUGGGAAAGAGAUUUUGAAUUGGAUCUCGAAAAGGUUAAAUUACCUAUACAAGUAUCCGCUACUCUCAUUAUGUCCGUUGACGAGAAUCAAACCCCACCACUUCGAUUCCCUAUCGCCAAGAUGAAUUUGGAUGAUUUACACCUUGUAAUGCCUUGCAGUCCAGAUAUAUUGACAACUAUUCAAAGAAGAGGGUUGGAACAGGUAUCACAACGAUUGAUAGAUUCGUAUCACAAACAAAAGUUGUUUGAUAAAAGCGGAAGAUACCCGUUUGCUAGAUUAUUCAGGAGCAAAUCAUCAUCACCAGAUGAAAUGCUGUCACCUUUUAUCAAGUUUAAAGAAAUUCAUAUCCGAUGUUUAGUAGAUUUACACAUGACCGAUCAAAGUUAUAGAAUGAUUUUAUCUAGUGUUUUAAACGAAGGACGUACUAUGGAUGACAUGAAGCGUAUCUUACAAAGUGCCGAGCAAGCAUUGUUUACUUUGGCUGCAUUUCCUGCCUGUCCAAUUAUAAUGAAACUUUCACGCGUGUCUUCCACCAUCAUUGAUUUUUCUAUACAAUGCAUUUUCCCUCCAGCGCUGUUCAAAGCGGAAGCAGCGCUACUUUCUAGGCUGUUUGAUAAAUUCAUUCAACCGCCAGUGCUAGAGUCACAUAGCGGUGCAUUCCUUAAAAAAAUGGGAUUACUGGAGGACUCUAUUUUCAGUGCACAAGAGAAAUAUCAAUCAGAUGAAAUGGAGAUUGAUGAUGACGAUGAAUCAUUACUAUGCAAACUAAAAAAAUCGACUGAUUUAUUCUAUGAUAUCUAUCAAGAAGAGCCUAUUGGGCAUUUCGUUAUCUGAGAGGCAGAUCUAGGAGGUUUGUGAAAAUAAAAAUAAUAAUAAAAAAAAAGCGGGAGUUAAAGUAG